GGCCAUAAAAGCUGCGGCCGCGCGGAGACGCCGAGUUCGCCCACCGCCCGGAGCCGCGGCCGCACCAUGCACGUGAACGGCAAGGUGGCGCUGGUGACCGGCGCGGCGCAGGGCAUCGGCAGAGCCUUCGCGGAGGCGCUCCUGCACAAGGGCGCCAAGGUAGCGCUGGUGGACUGGAAUCUUGAAGCAGGUGUAAAGUGUAAAGCUGCCCUGGAUGAGCAGUUUGAACCGCAGAAGACUCUAUUCAUCCAGUGCGAUGUGGCUGACCAGGAACAACUGAGAGAUACUUUCAGAAAAGCUGUAGACCACUUCGGAAGAUUGGACAUUUUGGUCAAUAACGCUGGAGUGAAUAAUGAGAAAAACUGGGAAAAAACUGUGCAAAUUAACUUGGUUUCUGUUAUCAGUGGCACCUACCUUGGCUUGGAUUACAUGAGCAAGCAAAAUGGAGGGGAAGGCGGUGUCAUUAUCAAUAUAUCGUCUCUAGCAGGACUCAUGCCCGUUGCACAGCAGCCUGUUUAUUGUGCUUCAAAGCAUGGCAUAAUUGGAUUCACACGCUCAGCAGCGAUGGCAGCUAACCUCAUGAACAGCGGCGUUAGAAUGAAUGCCAUUUGCCCAGGCUUUGUUAAUACGCCCAUCCUCAAGUCCAUUGAGAAAGAAGAGAACAUGGGACAAUAUAUAGGAUACACAGAUCACAUCAAGGAUAUGAUGAAGUUCUAUGGAAUUUUGGACCCAUCGGUUAUUGCCAAUGGAUUAAUAACGCUCAUUGAAGAUGAUGCUUUAAAUGGAGCUAUUAUGAAGAUCACAGCUUCAAAGGGAAUCCAUUUUCAAGACUAUGAACCAUCUCCAUUUCAUGCAAAAACUCAGUGAACAUCUUCUGUAUCAGCCAUACCUGAACAUAAGAACUAAUGACUUCUAUUAGACCAUAUCUUCAUUUGAAUAUAGCUUUUUAAAGGAAA